CCCAAGAGUCAAAGGCAGCAGCUACACCGCCGAGGAUACUUUCUUUUGGAUAAACUAAACAACCAAGAUGCCCUACUACGAGGACGAAAGACGUCACCAUCAUCAUCACCAUCAUCAUGGUGGCAGACCCAUUGUUGAGGUGGACAUUGUCCCCCCAAGGAUCCCAAGGCCAGUCAUUGAGAUCGGAGUGGGUGGUGGCUAUCGCCCACCACCACCCAGGGUGGAGGUUAUCACCCCUGCUGCUGUGUACCAGCCACCGCCGCCGCCCAUCGUCGAGGUAGAUGUGGUCCGUCCCGGAAGGCCAUUCAUCGAGUUCAACAUCGGCGGUCGCCGUCCGCCACGUGAGGAGGUCAUCAUCGUCCAGCAGCCCCCACCGCCCAGGUGGUAACUUAUUUCCGGCUCUGACUGGCGAAUUGGAAGAGUGAACUAAUUACAAAAAAAAAAUAAAUACACAAAAUUGAACACUGCCCAAACAGUGUUCACUGGACAUUUUAUAGUCUACACUAGAUUUUAAUAUUUAAAAUAUUGUAAAGAAAAAUAUACAGAACCUCUCAAACUUGAAAUCAAAUUCUCUAUUUUUUAUUGGAAAUUUUAAGAUUUUUAUGUAACUUAUUAAAAUAAGUGUUUUCAUGUUUAAAAAUGUUUAAAUAAACUGUAUUUCAUAUAGAACUACGAGCUUGAAAGCCUGUUGCUUAUUAAGACUCUGUUUUACAGGAAAAAAUAAAAUAAAUAAAACCGUGUUCACUCUUUCCAAGUA